AUGCGGAUACUACUCGAGAGCUUUGAUGAGCAGCAGAUGGCGCGCUAUGAAGUCUUCCGACGUGUGGGACUCAAUAAGAAUGCCGUCAAGCGGCUUGCGAACCAUGUUCUGAAUCAGUCGGUCACGCAGAACGUCGCUGUGGUCAUUGCCGGUGCGAGCAAGGUGUUUGUUGGUGAGCUGGUGGAGCGUGCAAGAGCAGUACAGAAGCUACGAGGGGAGACGGGGCCCGUGUCGCCUGAUUGUCUACGGGAGGCGUAUCGACAGUACAAGCUGACGGGCCUUGUACCGCAGAGCAAACCGCCGAAGCGCCUGUUCCGGUAG